AACAGGCUUGGGCGACACCGGGGACGGCACCAGUACCGCCUGCUGCCUCCUGCUGCCUCCAGACCCAAACUACUAAAGUCCCACGGCUCAUUGCUGUGUAUUAUGGAUCAUCUGACGGUGUCUGUCCUGCUCUUCCUGCUCCCUGCUCUGCUGCUGCCUUGUGCAGCCCCUCCUCCGAGCAACAGGUACAUCAUUUCCUCCAAUGAGCAGGCAGACGAUUCACCUGAGGAGGAGGGCUGGAUGGUUCCAGGAUUGUCCACAAGCCCGUUCCUGAGAUUCACAGGGUCGCAACCUCAGAGAGCACUCGCCACUGUCAGCAGCCACCAGCACCACAUAGAGAAGAGGAAAUGCAACACAGCCACCUGCGUCACCCAGAGGCUGGCAGACUUCCUCAUCCGCUCCAGCAAUGCCAUCGGCACCGUCUACGCCCCCACCAACGUGGGCUCCAGCACCUACGGCAAGAGAGACCUGCUCCAGAUGCCCAACUCGCUGCUUCUCUAGGGACCACUGCCCCACCCUCCUGCCUGAAGUAUAUGUAUAUAUAAAACACGUGGAGCAAACGUGUCAUAAGUGUCAGCGACAUUGCUGUUUGUUUCUUUUCACAGUAAAUGUGAUGUAUUAUUUUUAAAAAAGCAAAAGAAAAGGAGGAAUA